CUUAUUUCUGACAUUAAGGAUGAGGCUAUCAAAACUCAGAAUAAAUUAGCUGAUAUUUCAUUGUAUGUCUUGAUUAAUUAGGAAGUAAUACAUAAGGAAAUUUUUACCACAUCACAUCUCCUAAAUACAAAAAACUGAUAAUUAAGGCUAAUUUAAGACUCUUGGGAAGCCAAAAAGGGUUAGAAGUCAAAGAAUAGGAGAUAUGAUUAACCUGAGAUGAGAGACAGACACAGGUCCUACCCGUAAAGGUUUGCAAAGCGUGGUCCGUUAUCCGCAACAUUCACAUCACCUUAAUAGAUAUGAGAACUUUGGGGGCUCACCAGAUUUAUAGAAUCGGAAAUUCUGUGGGUGGGCGGGCCCUGUUUUAACCAGAGCUUCAGAUAAUUCUGAUGCCAAAGGUGAUUAUCUGUGAGCUAACUCCGUGUGGAAGAGAGGAGCUUGUGCUAACGUUUCUGGUGGUUGGAAUUUGAGAGUUUGGAGCUUCGAAAGUCAUAAUCAACUAACUCGAGAUCCGGUUUCUGGUCUUUUCUCAUGUAUAAGAAGGGAGAUAAUCCGUAACCUACUCUUUUCUAAAGGGAAGGAACCUGAGGAGAGAUUGUUACAGCCUAAGUUGCCCCUUCCACCUAAAAGGAUGGAAGAAAACUGAAGACAAUGGAGGAAGGAAGAAAUGAUGAGGGCACAAGACUGCACUGCCACUAACUAUGCAACUGCUAGCCAGGAAGGGCCCCAACGACCAGCCCCAAGCCCCGAUUCCCCCACCCACUGUUAGAUCAACGCUGUAAGACGGGCACCCCACUUCCAGACCCCAGCCAAUAGCAACACAAACUUCUCAGCCAAUCAGAGCCCUGCGCUUUUUCUGGCGUUCUGCGUGCUGCCCUGGAGACGGGUUGGACCGGUCCAAACGCGGAGCGGUGCGGAACUCGCAAGGCCGGUCACCGACGCGCUGAGCCUUGCCUUCCCAAGCACGUUCUACCCCGGUUUGGGGUCGAUCGGUGGACUCGUCCUAACGCUAGGCGCGGGGCCACUGAAGUUGACGCGGGGCCAUUGAAGUUGGCCGUAGCGGCUCCACUUCCCGGCCCCAGCCAAUGGGAACCGAAACUGCUCAGCCAAUCAGCGCUGGGCGCUCAAAGCGGCGUUCUGCGUGCUGCCUUGGAGACCGGCUGGCCGAAUCCAAACCCGGAGGGGUGCUUCACCUACACGGCCUCACGGUGUUCCUUUUGCGUCCCGCCUUGCUCCAUUGCUUCGCCCCUGGCCUUUGGCCAGUGGACUCGUCUUCAGGCUCGGGGGCCGAGACGUGAGCAUUCGAGCUAGGUAUCCCAUGGACAUGCGGAUUCUCACCAGCGAGCGAGCAGGAGUUAGAGAUGCUAUUAGACUGUCAUUUUACCGAAGGUGAGAAGUCAACCCAGAGAUGGAAAACUUCAUCCUGUAUGAGGAGAUUGGCCGAGGAAGCAAGACUGUGGUCUACAAGGGGCGACGGAAGGGGACCAUCAAUUUUGUAGCUAUUCUUUGUACUGAUAAGUGCAGGAGGCCUGAAAUAACCAACUGGGUCCGUCUCACCCAUGAAAUUAAACACAAGAACAUUGUAACUUUUCAUGAAUGGUAUGAAACCAGCAAUCAUCUCUGGCUAGUUGUGGAGCUCUGCACAGGUGGUUCUUUAGAAAUGGUUAUUGCUCAAGAUGAAAACCUCCCAGAAGAUGUAGUGAGAGAAUUUGGGAUUGACCUGCUGACUGGAUUACACCAUCUUCAUCAACUUGGCAUUCUCUUUUGUGACAUUUCUCCCAGGAAGAUACUCUUGGAAGGGCCUGGAACACUGAAGUUUAGUAAUUUUUCCUUGGCCAAAGUGGAAGGUGAAAAUUUGGAAGAGUUCUUCACCUUGGUGGCAGCAGAAGAAGGAGGAGGCGACAGCGGGGAGAAUGUAGUGAAGAAAAGCAUGAAAAGUAGAGUGAAAGGAUCUCUUACCUAUACAGCUCCAGAAAUUGUGAGGGGUACCGACUUCUCCAUCACCAGUGACCUCUGGUCCUUGGGCUGCCUGCUCUAUGAAAUGUUUUCAGGAAAGCCUCCAUUCUUCUCAGAAUGUGUCUCAGAACUAAUUGAAAAGAUUUGUUAUGAAGAUCCUUUGCCACCUAUUCCAAAAGAUUCUUCUUGUCCUAAAGCUUCUUCAGAUUUUAUUAAUUUGCUUGAUGGUUUGCUUCAAAAAGACCCUCAGAAAAGACUGACUUGGGCAGACCUGCUGCAGCAUUCAUUUUGGAAGGACGCUUUUGCUAGAAAUGAUCAGGACUCAAGCACUGAGGAUUCCAACGUCAGAAACAUGGAAUAUUCUGGGUCCCAAGAUGCCACGGAACUUCUGAAGAGCCCUCAAGGUGGACAAGCAAAGGGGGAGAAAAGUGGGCAGCGACUCAGUCACUCCUUCAGGCUGGAAAAUCCAUCUGACUUGCGGCCUAAGAGUACCCUUGGGGGUCAAUUGAAUGAGUCCAUGUUUCUUCUCAGUUCUCGUCCUACUCCAAGAACCAGCACGGCAGUGGCAUUAAGUCCUGGUGAUGCUGUGACUCAGAGUUCACCACAGAAGACUUCUCCCUUGACCAAAAUUGCAAGUGGCCACAUGAGUCAGCAGGAUCUGGAGUCCCGGAUGAGAGAGCUUAUCUACACAGACUCAGAUCUUGUCAUCACCCCAAUCAUUGACAAUCCGAAGAUUAUGAAACAACCACCAAUUAAAUAUGAUCCAAAAAUAUUGCAUCUACCAGCACAUUCAGUGGAUAAAUUAAUAUUUCUAGAAGACCAGGAUUGGAAUGAUUUUCUGCAACAAGUGUGCUCGCAGAUCGACUCCACUGAGAAGAGUACGGGGGCCUCCCGAGCCAAGCUGAAUCUCCUCUGCUACCUGUGCGUGGUAGCUGGGCACAGGGAGGUGGCCACCAGGCUCCUCCACUCCCCGCUGUUCCAGUUGCUAAUCCAGCAUUUGCGAAUAGCUCCAAACUGGGAUAUAAGGGCCAAGGUCGCUCGGGUGAUUGGUUUACUGGCCUCACACACAUCUGAGCUCCAGAAAAAUGCACCUGUUAUUGAGGCAAUCACUCUCUUAACUGAAUUAAUCAGGGAAAAUUUCAGGAACAGCAAAUUGAAACAGUGCCUUUUACCAACCCUGGGAGAGCUGAUCUAUCUUAUAGCUACCGAGGAAGAAAAAAAAAAGCACCCCCGAGAAUGCUGGGCUGUUCCCUUGGCUGCAUACACGGUGCUAAUGAGGUGCCUUCGGGAAGGGGAGGAGCGUGUUGUGAAUCACAUGGCAGCAAAGAUUAUUGAAAAUGUCUGCACUACGUUUUCUGCUCAGGCCCAGGGCUUUAUUACUGGGGAAAUUGGGCCUGUUUUAUGGUACCUAUUCAAACAUUCCACGGUUGAUUCUCUUAGGAUAACAGCAAUAUCGGCCUUGUGUAGAAUCACUCGCCAUUCUCCUACUGCCUUCCAGAAUGUUAUUGAGAAGGUGGGACUGACCUCGGUAAUAAACUCCCUGGCCUCUGCCAUCUGCAAAGUCCAGCAGUACAUGUUGACCUUAUUCAGUGCAAUGCUGUCCUGUGGGAUUCAUCUUCAGAGGCUAAUCCAAGAAAAGGACUUUGUAUCUACAAUUAUCCGUUUACUGGACAGCCCCUCCACUUCCAUUAGAGCCAAAGCCUUUCUGGUUCUUUUAUAUAUUUUGAUUCAUAACCACGAGAUGCUGCUGCUCAGCUGCCAAGCAAGGCUGGUGAUGUACAUCGAGAGAGACAGCAGAAAGACCACUCCAGGCAAGGAGCAGCAAAGCGGCAGUGAAUACCUGUCCCGAUGCCUUGACCUGCUCAUCCGUCACCUGGUGCAGGAGCUGCCACGUAUCCUGGGUGACAUUCUUAACGCCCUGGCUAACGUUUCUGGUCGUAAACACCCAUCCACAGUUCAAGCAAAGCAGCUGAAGAUGUGUCUCCCCCUCAUGCCUGUAGUGCUUCACCUGGUAACGUCUCAGGUAUUUCGACCUCAAGUUGUAACAGAAGAGUUCCUUUUCAGUUAUGGAACUAUUCUUAGUCAUAUUAAAUCAAUAGACUCAGGAGAAACUAACAUAGAUGGAGCUGUAGGACUGAUGGCAUCAGAAGAAUUUAUCAAGAUCACGCUAUCGGCUUUUGAAGCAGUGAUACAGUAUCCUAUUUUAUUGAAAGACUGUUGCUCUACGGUGGUUGAUUAUAUCCUGCCCCCCUUGGUGUCAUUGGUUCAAAGCCAGAAUGUGGAGUGGAGACUCUUCAGCUUGCGGCUACUCUCAGAAACCACAUCUCUGCUUGUGAACCAGGAGCCUGACGACAGCAAGGAGGUGGUGAAUGUCGACUCUGACAACAAUCUUCUGGCUCUAAUUAGAGAUGUCUUACUUCCCCAGUAUGAACACAUCCUCACGGAGCCGGACCCUGUACCAGCAUAUGCUCUGAAGCUGCUAGUUGCCAUGACUGAGCACAACCCAACUUUUACCAGACUUGUAGAAGACAGCAAACUGAUCCCACGGAUUUUUGAAGUAAUUCUGGAACAUCAGGAGAACAUUCUGGGUAACACCAUGCAAAGUGUGGUUGCAUUGCUCAACAAUCUGGUUGCCUGCAAAGAUUCGAAUAUGAAGCUACUUUACGAACAAGGACUGGUCCGUCACGUCUGCAGCCUGUUCACUGAGACUGCCACACUGUGUUUGGAUGUGGACAACAAAAGCAACAACGACACUGCAGCCGCCUUGCUGUUCUCCCUGCUGGACAUUCUGCACGGCAUGCUGACCUACACCUCUGGGGUCGUGCGGCUGGCUCUGCAGGCACAGAAAUCCGGCUCAGGAGGGAGCACUCAGGCUGCGGAAGACCUGCUGCUGCUCGGCAAGCCUCUCAUAGACCUCGUCAGCCUGCUCAUCCCGCUGCUUCCUAACGAGGAUCCGGAAAUUUUUGAAGUUUCAUCCAAGUGUCUGUCUAUACUGGUUCAGUUGUAUGGAGGGGAAAACCCAGAGAGCCUGUCUCCUGAAAAUGCAGAGACCUUCGCUGAUUUACUGACAUCCAAAGAGGACCCAAAGGACCAGAAGCUUCUGUUGAGGAUUCUCAGAAGAAUGAUCACCUCCAACGAGAAGCACCUGGAGAGUCUCAAGAGCGCAGGGAACCUCCUGCGGGCUCUGGAGGGGCUGGCCCCGGCCGGGGGGUCAUCGGCCAACAGCGCAGUGGCGUCCUUGGCCCUGGAGAUCCUCCAAGCUGCUGGACACUAGGCAAGAAGGCACUCAGCACAGUCCUCUGCGGCCGCCACCCCCGGCUACACACACUCCACAGGUCACCCACAGCUCUGUGUGGAUCCAAUAAAGUCAGCUGAAUCCAGAA